AUGAAGCUGGACAAACUCAAAGUCAGACCGAAGAAGAAUGCGGCAGCUGCACCGUGUGCUGCAGAGUUUGCCACCAUGCUCGCAUGCUGGGCCUCGAGCAGCGACCUCAACAACGUGGGUGCCUGCAAGGACUCGGCAAAAGCCUUGCAAGAAUGCAUGGCCAGCAGGAAACCUCGGGGCGGUGUAUCCAAGCCAACCAUCAACUAUCAUCUGGCAAGGUUGUCCAAACAGCUCUGA